AGAAAGAAAGGAAAAGAAUUUUCUGGUGCAUCAUCAGACUGAAGACACUUUACGUAUGAAACAACAGUUCUGUGACGAAUACGGAUUACCAGAUUCCGAAACUAAGGAUGUCGUGUAUUCAAAUGCCUGUGCAGAGGAUGAAGGUUCAUUAACCUUAGUGAAUUCAAACAAUGAAGGUAAAACUCAUGGUUCGCCAAACAAAACAGAACAAACUGAAUCUGCUGAGAAUUCACAUGUGACAUCAUUGGUUAUUUCAACAAGAGAGGACAGUCAUACCACAGCUACGAAUCUGGAAUGCACAGUGGGAGAUAAGCCAUUAUCAGCACAGCCAUAUACAAGUGAAAAACAACAUACGUAUUUUGAGGAUGCUGGCAGUGAAUCACAGAAAAGCAACAAAGACAACAACCAGUUAGCAACACAUGAAGCAAUGAAGGGUGAACUAGAAGAAGCACAGCAUAUAAGGCAAGAAGCAUCAAAAGUGAAAGAAGCUUAUGGACUGCAACAACUUAAGGUUAAAGAUUUCAUCAGGCAAAGCCAGGAUGAAGCAAUAUUGGAUGAUCUAAAGAAUUCAUCAGAUAAAACGGGAACAAGAAACCCAACAGCAGGGCAGGAUCAACAUGAAAUGUUCUCAAAACGCCCUACCAUGAAUUUCCAAGAAGACAAACACUUAGCAACUGCUGAAGACUCUUUUUGCUCAUGUGACUUUGCUUACACCAAAAAAGGUGAAAGCACGAUCUCACCUCCUAUUAUAUUAAAAGAAAAUGAAAAUGUUAAGACAGCUACUCUUCAGGUCCAACCUAAAGAAUAUCGCAGUGGUAAAGACAAUUCUGAAGAAUUAAUGCUUAUAAGCACAGCCUCAGAAAGCAUGUCAUCUGUUAAAUCAGAAGACUUUGCUCAGGCAUCUGAUGAAGGUGUGGGAAUUGGCCCAUCCAUCCCUUCAUCUGAAAAGACAACUGAAAAUGGGCUGCGUGAUAUAGAUCCUGAAGUUCAUAACUCCGAUACAGAAGAGGAUAUUCCAGACGAUGUUGUCAGCAGCAGGUCUGAAGAAUUUGAUGUUAAAAUACAGCUUAACCACAACACAGAUAAAGGGAUCAGUAGCAUGUUUAUUAAGUCUAUAGAAAAAUAUGCAAAAGAAAAACCCAGGUAUACUUUACCAACAUUAAACAAUAAAGUAACAGUGGACUAUGCGGCCUUUAAUGGUGGUUCAGAUAAAGUAAAUUCACUUCAGUGUGAUGAGAGUGACAGAGUUAACAAUUCUACACUAUGCAUAAAUAAACCAGUGAUUAGGCAUGAUUCUAAGUUAAAAGAAUUGCACAAUUUAUCUAACCCUUCAUCAUAUCUUGAGACUCACCUUGUGUAUGUUUCAAGAAAUGGCCAAGAAAUGACAGAGACUGACACAAACCAGGAACAUUCAGAAAUACAUGCACCUAAAUUGGUUCUAGUGAAAGACAAUUCACUUUGCCAAGAUUAUCUUUCAUCAGGUGACAUAAAAAAGAAAAGAAAAGAAAUUAAUUCUGAAAUGAAGCUGUUCCACAAUGUAAACACCAGUUCACAUGAGAUAUUACCCGAAAUGCUUAUUUCCUUUGACAGUGACUUUUGUGUUAGUAACACAAAUUUUGUUCAGCAGAAUGAAGUGGAAGUUACGGCUGAUACAGCAUACAGUUGCAGAUUGACUCCUAUGUUAUCAGAUCAAAACAAAAUGUCAUUUAAUUCAUUGCCUCUGAUCAUACAGACAGAUUUACAGCCCAACUCACCAGAUGAGAAACUUACGCCUUCAAUGAACUGUUCUAAAAGCAAGCAGGAAUCAUUCAGUUUUAAAUUCUCACAGGCAAUGGUUGACCCAUCUGUUGUUACAGAUAUACCUGGUCAUUUAGAAAAUGCAGGUAUAGCUGAACAGGUGGGCAGCAUAAGUAAUAUAUUAAAAGCUCCAAAGAGUCCAAAAUCAUUAACAUCUAAUGGAACUUGUUCAUCCUUUGUUGUUCAUGAGGAAACCAUACAAAAGCCUGAUGAAUACUCACAUGAGGAAAAAUAUAUUUAUGAAAAUUAUCUGCUAGCAAAAAGUAAUUAUUUUACAUCAAAAGACUAUUUCAAUGAAACAAACAGUUACGGUGUAGAAAGCAAUGAACAGUUUCAAACUACAGUGACAUUCUCCACACCUGAAGAGGAGUUAAUAUUAGGAAAUCCAUUACCAGAGGAGGAAGCAGUUUCCUACUCUGGUGAUAAUAUAUUUCCUUCAUUUGAAAAAGUUAUGGAGCAGGCAAAUGAAAAAUUACUGCCUGAAGUUUCCAUAUUAAGAAGUGAGAAAAUCUUUUCACUUGAAAUAGAUUACCUUCCUUCACUGCCUGCAGAGUUUCUGUCUGGAAAUGAUAUGUUGCCGAUUUCGAAUAAGGAUGAUUUGUCAGUAGAAAGUAAAUUACCAUCAUUAUCAGACAGCAAAAUUCUCAAAGAACUGUUCAUGCAAACUGAGAACGUAUGGACUGUAGGAAAGGAUACAACCUUAUGUCCACCAAAUAAUAUAACAACUGAUGUAUUUUGCUUUCAAGAAAACAACAAUUCUGGUAAAUCCUGUACUGAGAAAUAUUCAGAAGUAGUAGACAUGAAUGACAAAUGUGAUUCUGAAGAUUAUGGCAAAGACCUUAACAUGGAAACUUCAUACUGUUUUACAGAACCUUUUACACAGUUUGAAGCAGGCAAUGAAAACCGAUAUGAAACAGAAUCAUUGCAUAAAAAGAGAGCGGAAAACACUGCAGAACUGUCUGUUGAUCCACUGGAUUCUUUUAACAUUGGAGACAGAGUGAUAGCAAAACACAGUCAUACAGGUACCUUGAUGUUUAAAGGGCCUACCAAGUUUGCCAGCGGGUGUUGGGCUGGAGUGGCACUGGAUAGGCCUGAAGGUGACAAUAAUGGAACAUAUCAUGGAGUCAAGUAUUUUGAAUGCAGACAUCUAUGUGGCAUUUUUGUUUUGCCUGAAGAGUUGACCCACCUCCUCGAGGACUCAGACAUACAUACAUUUAGUAAUAAUUACAAUGAUGGUGAUGACUCACAUUUUGAUAGAUUCUUUGAAAAGGACAGCAGAAAUGAUAACUAUGGUGACAAUGAUGAUAAUGAUGAUGAAGAACAUAAAGAAGAACCAUUAUAUAAAAAUGAACCAGAUACAAAUUAUACCAGUGCUAUGAACUGUCCGUCACUGACAGAAGAUAUAUGCUGGCCAAAGAAGUUUAUAUGGGAAGAUCAUUCUCAAUAUAAUAAAAUUACAUUAUGCAGUACGGAGAAGGGAAUUGAUGAAGAAUCUAUUUGUGACAGUGUGUCAAUAGUUUCAGAAGGCAGUUCUUCUGAAUCUGAUCUGCAACAGAUAAUCAAUAUGGCAGCAAAAGCUGUAGAACUGUUUUCAGGAGAACUGCCUGAACUAAAUAACCUAACAGUUAAAUACCAAGAAAAAGAAUUUACAGAGAACAACAACACAAUGUUGGCACGAGAAAAAGAUAUUAACAAGCAGACUGAAGAUACAUGCAACAUGCUUAUAUCAAGGCUUUUAUUUGAUGCUACAUUCGAACUUUCCAUAAUAGCAAAACAGAAGAAGAGUAAGAAUCACGAUACAGAAAACAGAAAACAGCCUGAACUAAAGCAUGCAUUAACAGUUAAACAUCAUGGCAAAGAUUUUACAAGCAGCAAUACUACAAUGUUGAAACAAGAAAAAGACAUGCACAAGCUAACUGAAGAUAUGAGUGACAUGCUUGUCACAAACAUUUUAUAUAACACUAUAUUUGAAUUUUCUAAGAUAACUAGAGAGAGGGGUAAGAUUGAAAAUAUAGAAAACUACCCUGACAUUCCACAGAAAGGAACUAUAACAGAAUGGCUCGAAAAAAAUGAAGUGCAAAAUGUGUCCACCUCGUUGCAUGAAGCAUCCAUUCCACUUCAGAUAAACCACUAUACAUUUGACGAACCUUAUAAAAAUGCAGGGCUAUGCUUCUAUAGUCAUGACCUAGAGCUCAUACCAGAAACUCUUCUGACAACAUGUAUAGGUGAUGCCUUAAAUGUGUAUAAGAAUAUAAAACAGCAAAGAGAAGUACUUGAAAAAGAGCCAGGACAAACUUGUGCUGCCAUAUCCCACCAAAUCAUGCCAGUACCAGGCAUAAUCCAAGAUGAUCACAUGAAGACGGAGUCAUCAUCGCUCAUUAAGGAAUACAGGAAUAGCAAACAAGUAUAUAUUCUAGACCAGUGGUACUCUGCUCCCUUAACAAAGUCCACAGAGACACUCUUUGUCAUUCCACAUAAUAUUUGUGAUAUUAAGAAGUUAAUCGAAGCCGCUGUAGACACAAUAUGGUCUCAUCAUAAUAAGCUUUCAAGUGGUGUGAUAACUGGUGCAGUGGAAGGAUUUGUAAUUACUGACACAGAUGAAAACUUGGAUGAAGAAAGCACAAACAUGUACAAACAGGUCAUAUUUGACUUGGCACUUGAUCUCCUUCAAGAUGUAUUCAAAGUAUCUGAAAAAGUGCCUGUUUUUCCUUGGGUGAAAGAAACAAUGACCACUUUCAACUCCUGUGAUAUAAACAAUAAAGACAUCAGUGAAGUAAAGGAAUUUGUCUUCAGUCAAAUUGUGAAGAUUCUACAUCUGGAAAGUGACUGUAUACAAGAAAAAAGGAAACUCAGAAAAAUGGCAAAAUAUAACAACUGUAAAAGAGACAUGGUGGACUAUAUCUUGAUUCAGGAGCUCCACGAGGAAGACUGUCAGUGGAGUGAUUAUGAAGAUGAUGAGCUUACGGUGAAGAUGGACAUCACUGAAGACAUUUUUGAUGAGUUGCUGCAGGACACCAUUCAGCUGCUUGAUGAUAUAUAUCUCAGACGGUUCAAGAAAAGGGAAAUUCUCUGAACUUGCUGAGUAACUGUAAUGGCAAGUUAUAAAUGAACACUAAAUAGGAAGACUGUGAUGGUGAUGAUGAUAGUGGCAUUCCACAUUGUGUAAAUCUUCACUACUAGUGUUAUAGCACACUAACAAGCCUUUGAGCAUGGUUUGCACUUUAAAGGAAAUUCAUGUAUUUAUUUCACGGCUUUUAUUACAUUUAUUAAAGUAGCAUUAAGUGUGGGGUGGCUUAGAAGAGUUCCUUACUUGACCCCUCAUACUAAUUUCUGGCUUCCAAUUUUCUGAUGUGGACCAUACUUAAAUUCAUGUUUUCCAAAAACGGUCAUCUGCAUGCAUGCAGUUAUCAAUUAAACAAGGUAGGAGUAAGGCAUGAACAAAUAACACAUUUACCACCAGUGGUAGUCUUUAAUACAUGCAAAGGGUACAGUUAACUGAGACUGAAAUGAUUUUCCAUGUUUUUACAGGAAAAAAAAAAGAUUCAUUGAUAAUUCAGCCUAUCUCUUACCUCUCUGUCAACUUCACUUUAAAAAAAUAUUAUUUUAUCUAGAUUGUUGAUAUAAAAUACUAAACAAAAACAUGAAACAGCAAUAAUUAUAUCCAAGUAGUUUUAUUUAAGUUUCUCCAGAAUGACUUGCAGUUACAUAAUAAAAUAAUACAUUUAAUAAAUGACUGUUUGCUAUGUAUGCCAUAUGGUAAUAUCUAGUUAAUGGAAAGUACGAAAGAUUAAAACACCAUAAAAUUAGAUUUUCAUAGCUAGUAAUAAAACCAUUGGAGUGUUUUUGCAGACUACUGUCAUUAUGUCAAUUUCUUUAUUAUUUUUCAGUUAUUACUGACCCCUAUCAGCUAUAACAUAAACUACUGGCAGUAGACAAAAAUAAGGACAUGAAACAUAUUCAUGACAGUACAUUGAGCAAUAAUAGUUUGAAAAUGGGACAAAUAAGUAGAGGAGUUUGGAGUAAGGCAUAUACAAGCUGGACACACUGUAUAGCACAAAGCAGUAUUAUAACACAAUGCCACAUAAAGAUUGAUGACAGAAAAUAAAUUACCAUUUGUUGUAGCAAUUUUAUAAGGCUAACAGAGAGACCAGUUUGAGUAUUAAUAAUUCAUUUAAGUCUGUAAAGAUUUUAGCUAUAUACUUGAAACUGGUUUAGGUAGGUUACGUUUUAUCAGUAUUUUCUUUCCAGUUGCACACAAUUUGUUCGAUCCUAUGUUUUUCUACAUUUGGCAGCACUGAAGUCAGUGUCUUCCCAAGCAUUGUUUCACUUCUUUAGGUGAACAUCUAAUACUUAUGUAAAGGAGAGGCAUCUGACAGCAAUGUCACAGAUAAAUCUGCAUGUGUCUCAGUGGAUUGUGAACCUUGUAAAAAACACAACUUAGGUACAUGUGUAUGUAUAUAUAUAUAUAUAUAUAUAUAUAUAUAUAUAUAUAUAUAUAUAUAUAUACACACACACACACACACUGCAAGAAAGCCCCAUACCCAGCCAAGCUACAGUUUUUACUGUAUGAUACCUUAAACCUCCUGUAAUGCAGGCCCAUGAGAUGUAUGCAAAUGACCCCUUAAGGACAUCGAAUAUUUCAGCUACACAGCUUCUAAAUGCCCAUGACUUUUUACUUUUUAAGUAUUUAUGAAUAUAUUCAGACCAGUAAAGCCAAGCCCCACUAGUUCUGGAUAAGCAUCUUUCAGCCUUUUUAUUGACCUAAUCAACACUUGAUGUAAUUAAGGGAUCAUUUGCAUAUAUCCCAUGAGCCUCCAUUACGGGUGACCUUUUUACAUAUAUGCAUCUAUGUGUGUGUGUGUGUGUGUGUGUUUGUAUAUAUAUAUAUAUAUAUAUAUAUAUAUUUAUAUAUAAUUAGCAAGAGGUGUGUGGGUACAGUGGCCUUGCUUCCCUCAAAAAAAAAAAAAAAGAAGUGUUUCAAGCAGUUUUGCUCAGUGUUUUAAAGUUAGA